CCCGCUUAUUCCCUUUAACCCCUCCCUCUUCCCGCUAAUAACCCCUCAACCUUUUAACGACAAGCACGCUACGCAAUGGUCAGACUGUCCUUUUCGCUCGGAUAUGUUGCCUGUAUUCUUCUGGCAGUCAAGCAAGUUGAUGGUCACCAGCAACCUCCUGUUAAAACGUUCUCGCCGACGCUGAAAAACAAGGGGCCACUAACGAUUUACGAGCACCCGCUGGACGUCAAACUCGACUCGCCUGUGCAGGUAUCCUCGUUCGCACCGAAUGGAAAUGGCGCAGGUUCGCUCAAGUCCAUGACCAACGUGGCUAUCGCUUACCUUACGAAAACACUCGCAAUUCCCGCAACUAACAUCAAGGUCACGGAUGCGUAUACCGAUACCUGCUCUGGCAUCACCCAUCUUGGUGAUGUCGAUGUCGUCAAUGGCCAGGCCAAUGUGAACAUCGAUGCACAGGGCCGCGUGAUCUCGUCCAGCAACUCAUUUGCUUCGGCUGAUGCGCUCAACAGGUUUAGCAAGCGGUCUCGUGGAUCGCUCACGUCUCGCGCAAACAGCGACGCAUCCAUUGUGCACUCGCUCAAGUCACUCUCCGAGUAUCAGAUCAAGAUCACCAAUGUGCCGACGCAUGUAGCUGCUACCGGCGAGUCAACUGCCAAAAAGGCCUUGCUGCAAACAGACGACGGGUCACUUGUGCCUGUUUGGCACAUUGUGAUGAGGCAGGAAAGCAGCUGGUGGAGUGCACACGUCAACCAGGGCACCAACAAAAUCGAGGCUAUCAACGACUGGGUUUCGCACUACGAGGCAUACAAUGUGUUCCCUCGCACUAUCGACACUCCAAACGACGGGAAGCGUACGGUUGUAACUAACCCGGCUGAUGCCAAGGCUAGUCCGAAGGGGUGGGUAACGGGCAACGGUACUCGUGGCAACAACGUCUGGGCCCAGAACAACCCUACUGGUGGUAACUCGUGGAAGGAUAAUCACCGCCCGUCAUCAACCAAUGGAGUGUUUAACUAUCCACUCGAUCUCAGCCAUGAGCCUGCAAGCUACGUGGAUGCAGCAACUACACAGCUGUUCUACACGGUCAACACGAUGCAUGAUCUUUCCUACCUCUACGGCUUCGAUGAGGGUGCCGGGGGCGACUACGUUGUCGCCUUUGCGCAAGAUGGUUCGUCAACCAAUAAUGCAAACUUUGCUGCUCCGCCCGAUGGCCAGAACGGCGUCAUGCGCAUGUUUGUCUGGGACUUAACAAACCCACACCGCGAUGGAGACUUUGAGCAGAGCAUCGUCGCUCACGAAUACACCCAUGGGAUCUCAAAGCGUCUGACCGGUGGGCCGUCGAACGCCGACUGUCUGAAUAGCGGGGAAGCCAGCGGAAUGGGCGAAGGCUGGAGCGAUACUGUAGCCAACCUUUUGCGUAUCAAGCCUGGCGAUUCACGCAGACGUGAUAUGGUGGUGGGCUCGUAUGUUACUGGGCAAGGAAUCCGCGACUACCCCUACUCGACUAAUAUGAAAACCAAUCCCUUGACAUACGGGCAGCUCGACACACCCAACCAUCAAGGCACCUACUCGAUGGGAACAAUGUGGGCCACUAUUCUCUACGAGAUGAUUUGGAACCUCAUCGACGCUCAUGGUAUUGCCACCGAUCUAUUCACACACGAUCUGAGCAAAGGAAACUGCCUUGCCCUGCAACUCAUCCUCAAUGGGAUGAAGCUGCAGCCGUGCAACCCGUCAUUUAUCGAUGCACGCAAUGCAAUCCUACAAGCCGAAAAGAAUCUGACCGGCGGCAAGAACAAGUGCGCUAUCUGGAAGGCAUUCUCCAAGCGUGGAAUGGGACCGAAGGCUUCCGGAAAGAGCUUUACAACGCAUGUUGCUGACAACGCGGUUCCCGCUGGUUGCUGACACGAUACACCAUCUUUAUACCGCUAUAUUUAGAAUAGGAGUUUUAUAUUUGGAGCACUGAAAGUA